GGUGUGGAAUAUGUAUUUGGUAUUGUUGGAAUCCCAGUCAUUGAGGUGGCCAUGGCCUGCCAGAAGGAGGGGAUCAAAUUUAUUGCCAUGAGGAAUGAACAGGCUGCAUCUUAUGCUGCAUCUGCCAUUGGUUACAUGACAGGAAAACCAGCAGGAUGUCUGGUUGUGUCAGGUCCGGGCUUGGUUCAUGCCCUGGCGGGAAUGUCAAAUGCCAUGGAAAAUUGCUGGCCAAUGAUAGUGAUAGGUGGGUCGUCAGAGCGUGAUCAGGACAAAAUGGGAGCGUUCCAGGAAUAUCCACAAGUAGAAUGUUCUAGAUUAUACACAAAAUUCACAUGUCAGCCCAGUAGGAUAGAGAGAAUCCCAUACUAUGUUGAAAAGGCAUAUAGAAGCAGUAUAUAUGGCCGUCCAGGUCCAGUUUAUAUUGAUAUCCCAGGGAGCUUUGUCAUGACCACAGUUCCUGAGAAAGAUGUACGUUACGUUCCAAGAUGUCCGCCACCACCAAAGGUCUGUGCUGCGACAGCCGAUAUCAAGAGAGCCAUUGAUCUCUUAUCCUCGGCAAAGAGCCCACUAGUCAUUGUUGGAAAAGGUGCUGCUUAUUCCCAAUGUGAGAAUGAAUUGAGAACGUUGGUGGAGAACUGCAAACUGCCCUUCCUUCCCACACCAAUGGGUAAAGGCACAUUACCCGAUGAACAUCCACUUUGUGUAGCACCUGCUAGAUCUAAAGCAUUGAAGGAUGCUGAUGUUAUUUUAUUGCUUGGAGCAAGACUCAACUGGAUCCUUCAUUUUGGAGCACCACCUAGAUUUAGACCUGAUGUGAAAAUAAUACAGGUUGACAUAUGUCCAGAGGAGAUAGGUAACAAUGUUCAGCCUGCUGUUGGUCUUGUAGGAGAUUUAACAUCAGUCCUUGCACAGAUGAAUGAAGAGCUUGCUCGAAGACCUACAAAGUUUGUGUUCGACCCUGCUGCCCCUUGGUGGAAAGAUCUGAAUGAGAAACUGGAGAAGAACAGAAUCAGUGUGCAGAAACAGUCUCAGGAUAAAACUGUACCACUUAAUUAUUAUGCUGCAUUUGAUGAGGUUAACAAAUUAAUUCCUAAAGAUGCAAUAGUUAUCAGUGAAGGAGCAAACACAAUGGACAUCAGCAGAUCUUGUAUACCAAAUGCACUGCCAAGACACAGACUUGAUGCUGGUACUUUUGGCACUAUGGGUGUUGGUGUAGGAUUUGCCAUCGCAGCUGCAGUAUACUGUAGAGACUAUGCUCCAGACAAACGUGUUAUCUGUAUCCAAGGUGACAGUGCAUUUGGGUUCUCUGGGUUCGAGGUAGAGACUGUCUGCAGAUAUAGACUGCCCAUUGUGUUUGUUGUUAUAAACAAUAAUGGAAUAACAAAGAGUUUCAAUGAAGAGGUAUUCAACAGUUUAGAAGAAACAGACAGACUUUUAAGCCAUCCACCAACAGUUCUAUCACCAAAUGCAAGGUAUGACAAAGUGCUGGCAGCAUUUGGAGGCAAUGGUUACUUCGUAGAGAAGCCGGAGGAUAUACAAAAAGCUCUGAGAGAAUCCCUGGCUAACAAGAAGCAAGCUUCCAUGUUGAAUAUCAUGAUCAAUACAAUGGCAGACAGACGUGUUCAGGAGUUUUCAUGGCUCGGAUCCAUUCAGCCUAGCAAAAUGUGAGACCAGCAUAAUGUAAAACUUGCAAGAUGUGAGAACAACAUGUUGUGGGAUCUGGCACUGUUCAUACAGAGUUUAUAGUUUAUUUGAGUUCAAAAUAAUGUAUUCAGACAAAAGUAUCAAAUCAUGUUGAAAAUGUGAUAAAAUGUAUAGAAUUGUCAGUUUAAUAAUGCAUGUGGAUGGCCUAAGUGCAUUGUAAAAACUCUGGGCCCUUAAAAGGGCAAAUAUUUUUAUCUCAACUAUUAAAGAAUAGGGAAGCUAUCCUACUCGCCCCAGCGUCAGCGUUAGCUUUAGCAUGAGCAUCACACAAAUGUUAAAGUUUGCGUACCACCCCAAAUAUUUUCAAAGUUCAUUGAGAUAUUGCUUUCAUAUUUUGCAUACAUGUUUACCAUCAUGACCCCAGUCUGUAAAAAGGAGGAGGCUACUCUAUCAAGCAUUUUGACUGAAUUAUGGCCCCUUUUUGAAUAGAAUAUGCUUAUUGUAAUGUUAAAGUUUGCGUACCACCCCAAAUAUUUUCAAAGUCCAUUGAGGUAUUGCUUUCAUAUUUUGCAUACUUUUUUUACCAUCAUGACCCCAGUCUGUAAAAAGGAGGAGGUAACUAUAUCAGGCAUUUUGACUGAAUUAUGGCCCCUUUUCGACUUAGAAUAUGCUUAUUGUAAUGUUAUUUCAAUGUUAAAGUUUACUCAUAGCUUUUACUAUCAAGCACUGAGAAUAGUCGAGUGCGCUGUCAACUGACAGCUAUUGUUUUCGUUAUAAACUGGCUUUUAGUUGAUUUAAUGAAUUAAUGUUUACAGUGCUGCACAAAACGAAUAACGUUUGCCAGCAUUGUGGUGUUUAGUGUAGAGAGAUGUAUUUGAGAAAAAUUGGAUGAACUGUUUAUUUUUUUGUAAUGUAUGAUACUUAUUUCAUAUUGCUGUACGAUGUUGGCAAUGACAGCAAUGCAGAUGUCUGCAAAAAUGUGUGCAUGAAAUAUUACUGUAAAGGCAUAUAUUUUCACUAGGACAAAAUUUCUUAAAUUCAAAAUCUUUAGUACAUUUGUAUGUUUGCAAGGUUUAAUAUUGGUGAAAUUGUAAAAAUGGUAUCAUAGUUGAAUUUGAAUUAUACUAAUGGUGAAUGUUUAUGUGAGGAUGAAUUUUUGCGAGAUGUAGGGCCUUGCGAAUAAAGUAAAAAUUAAACCCUCACGAAAAUUUCUGCUUUUACAGUAUUUUAUGUCGAAUAUCAAUUACCAUGAAGUAAAAGGUUUGAUCACUUAGAAUUUGAGAUAAUGAGUUUUAACUGUUAUACAUUUCAUAUUGUUUUACUUUUCAAGUACUUUUAUAAUUAUAUACAGAAAACAUUCUGUAUAAUCUAGUAGAUUUAUGUUUUGGUAGCAUGUUCUGUGCACUGGUAUAACUGACAGUUUUUAUACUUCAAGUGAGUACAAUGACACAGAGCAACAUUGUUCCAGGACGAUCUGCAACACUGGGUACCUGCAUCACUGGAUAUGUGUAGUUGUGUAGUUUGCUAGCUGUGAUAAUUAUCGUGAUAAUUUUACAUGAUUAUGUACAUAAUUAUUUAUACAUGAUUAUUAAAAUCUGACUAUUAAAUGAUACAUUUGUA